GAAUAUUUAAAGUGGUGGCUUUCGAAAGAGGGAGUAAAAGAGAGUGGCCAAGUUCUCGGGGUUCAUAUCCAAACCUUACCAAUUUCCCACUCAUACACAACACACACUGACAGGACUAUAAUGGCGGCUGCCGGCACUGCUCUCCGCUUCCUUAAAUCCUUCUCGGGCGCUUCCCCACCUCUCUUCUCUCUCUUCAACAAUCCGAGGCUCACUCGCUCCGUCGCUCCAUUGCUUUUCUUCUCUUCUGCUGGUUUCUCCCCCCAACAACGUGCCUUCUGCUCUGUAGUGUCUGGGGCAGUCGCAUCUGGCGAGGCUACGAAGCCCGAACCUGUUGAGCUGGAGAAAGGCGUGAGAAUCCGCGAGUUUCGCAAGAAAUUGAAGAUUGCGGACAUCAAAGGUGGGCCUGAUCAGGGGUUGAAUAGAUUGGGGGAGAAUCUUGUGGUUAGGGGAUGGGUUAGGACACUUAGAGUUCAGAGCAGUGUCACGUUUAUUGAGGUUAACGAUGGUUCUUGCCUUUCAAACAUGCAAUGUGUAAUUAGUUCUGAUGCCGAAGGCUAUGAUCAGGUGGAGAGUGGUCUGAUUUCAACUGGUGCCGCAGUAUGGGUACAAGGUACUAUAGUAGCCAGCCAAGGGUCAAAGCAAAAAGUAGAAUUGAAUGUUGACAAACUUGUAACGGUUUCAAGGGUGAGGAACGCUUUGGCAUAUGCAACACACAAAUUUUUUCAAGAAAAUGGCUUCGUUUGGCUCUCAAGCCCAAUAAUUACUGCUUCAGAUUGUGAAGGAGCUGGUGAACAAUUUUGCGUAACAACCUUGUUGCCCCUAGAACAGGUUCCAACCUCCAGGGAAGCUACGGAUUCUCCAGUGAAUGCCAUCCCCAGAACAAAGGAUGGUUUAAUUGAUUGGUCCCAGGACUUUUUUGGAAAACCAGCAUUUCUGACAGUAUCUGGGCAGCUUAAUGCUGAAACAUAUGCUACUGCUCUUACUGAUGUAUAUACUUUUGGUCCAACAUUCAGAGCAGAAAAUUCCAACACUUCUCGACACUUAGCUGAAUUUUGGAUGAUAGAACCAGAACUUGCGUUUGCUGAUUUGGAAGACGACAUGGCUUGUGCAACUGCUUAUCUCCAGUAUGUAGUAGAAUACAUUCUGGAGAACUGCAAGGAAGAUAUGGAUUUCUUCAAUACUUGGAUUGAGAAAGGAAUCAUUGCCCGACUAAGUGAUGUUGUUGAGAAAAGAUUUGUGCAAUUGUCAUACACUGAUGCAGUUGAAAUUCUCUUGAAAGCAAAGAAGACAUUUGAAUUUCCGGUAACAUGGGGAUGUGAUUUGCAAAGUGAGCAUGAGCGUUAUAUAACUGAAGAGGUGUUCAGUGGAUGCCCUGUAAUCAUAAGAGAUUAUCCGAAGGACAUCAAAGCAUUUUACAUGCGACAAAAUGAUGAUGGAAAGACUGUCGCAGCCAUGGAUAUGUUGGUUCCUCGGGUUGGUGAACUUAUUGGCGGAAGCCAAAGGGAAGAGCGCCUUGAAUAUUUGGAACAACGCUUGGAUGAUUUGAAGCUCAAUAAAGAGAGCUAUUGGUGGUACCUUGACCUGCGGCGAUAUGGUUCAGUUCCCCACGCUGGAUUUGGAUUAGGCUUUGAAAGGCUUGUACAGUUUGCAACUGGAAUAGAUAAUAUAAGGGACGCCAUUCCUUUUCCUCGGGCACCUGGCUCAGCUGAAUUUUGAUGGUAGACUUCCAGAAGAGGACAAGGUGCAAGUAGAACGACUUAUAUGAUAAUUACGUUUCCUAACUGGAUAUUCCUAUUCUGCUUAAAAAUUCAGACACUUAGAAUUCGGGAUAAAGAGAGGUGGUUCCUUUUUAUAGAAGCGAAAAAGCAAGGUUUGCCUUUGAGGACCAUAUUAGUUCCGUACUGGAAUUCGGGAUAAAGAGUGGUGGUUCAUUUUUUCAUAAUGUUAUGGAUGCAGUAUACCAUGGAACUAGAUGCAAUGUAAGAACAGAAAGUUCAAUUUUUUCUGAUUAUUAUUUGUAUCAUACAUGAUUGGACGCUCCACUUCCCCUGUUGUCAAAUCAGAGGCAGAGAGAGUUCAACAGUUGAACCCCUCAAGAGUGGUCGCUGAAGAGAAAUGCUAUUUUUCGAUUUCCUCUAUAUUAAUCAA